UGAGUCUUGUCCGGUGCUUGCCCUCGUUAGAAGGACUUGCACUGGGCUGAGACCCUCCAGCAGCCUCGUGGACGCCUGCUUCCCGGAGCCUGGCGCGCGGCCCCGCAGCGUGCGCGCAGCCCUAGCCCCCGCGCCAGGUGUGCGCCGCGCCAGGAGCGCAGCGGAGCGCAGGCGGCCCCCAGACCCCGCGGUCCCGGGCACGGGGGCGGGCUGGGGGUCUCCGCCGUCAGCGCCCCGCCACCCGCUCGCUCCCGCGCACCUCCCACCCCGCCCCCACUCACCGGCUCAGCCCCCGGGAGCGCCGAGCAGGACGCGUGUUGCUUCGCCCAGCGAUCGGCAGAAGUUGGGAGAGUUGCCGUCCGCCUCCCGCCUGCCGGACUUCGGAGCCGCUGCCUCUGCCGGCGAGCCCGCGGGGCCGCCUCCCUCCCUCCCGCCCAGCCCGCCGCGCAGGGGAGAGGGGCGCGGAGGGGGUCGUGAGCGCGACCAGAACUUGCAAGUGUGCGAAGGGAUGCGAGGCAGAUGAAGAGCGAGGAAACGUGAACAAAGUGGCGACCGCAGGAGGGACUCCACAGAGCUCGAUUGUCGCGGAGGACGCUCCGGGAGAGGGGCUGGCUGGGAUUUUUUCCCCCCUCCUCUUGCAUUCUUAGGCUCUCUUUUAAAGCCACAUCAGCCGUCUCUCGUUCUUUACUAUCUCGAAUCCCCAAACCCUUGUUGGCUCUUAUGGGCAUGAAACACUCCUCCCGCUGCCUGCUCCUCCGGAGGAAAAUGGCGGAGAAUGCAGUCGAAAGCACCGAGGUGAGCAGCGCCCCCCCUCAGCCCCCUCAGCCUGUCAUUCCAGCCAAGCCUGUGCAAUGUGUCCACCAUGUAUCCACACAGCCCAGCUGCCCUGGACGGGGCAAGAUGUCCAAGCUGCUGAACCCCGAGGAGAUGACAUCGAGAGAUUACUAUUUCGACUCAUACGCUCACUUUGGGAUCCACGAGGUAACGCACCCAGGCUGGGGACCAGUGGGACAGGUGUAGCCCUGUAAUUUUGUUCUUGUUUGUAGAGGUGGCAGAGCAGGUAUGGCCAACUCUCUACCAACACAAAGUGCCCCUGAACUUUCUCUCCAUCCCGCGGGUCCCUUUGGGACAGUUGUGGUUAAGACGGGGCCUGGAGCAGACGCCCCCAAUGCUGUCAGUGUUGUCUGCUGCUUGCCACGUGGUGGGUAUGGCUCCAGUCAUGUCAUCUGCGUAUCUGUUGUACUCCAUCCUGCGAACCUCGUGAAGAAGACGUCCCCAUCGUCCGUAAACGUAAACGGAGGGAAGUGGUGAGGAAAUGUUGAAAGACGAGGUGAGGACACUCACGUACCGGAACUCCAUGUACCAUAAUAAGCAUGUGUUCAAGGACAAAGUGGUACUGGAUGUUGGGAGUGGCACAGGGAUCCUUUCCAUGUUUGCCGCCAAAGCAGGGGCCAAGAAGGUGUUUGGGAUUGAAUGUUCCAGUAUUUCUGACUACUCGGAGAAGAUCAUUAAGGCCAAUCACCUGGACAAUGUCAUCACCAUAUUUAAGGGCAAAGUGGAGGAGGUGGAGCUGCCUGUGGAGAAGGUGGACAUCAUCAUCAGCGAGUGGAUGGGCUACUGUCUGUUCUACGAGUCCAUGCUCAACACCGUGAUCUUUGCCAGGGACAAGUGGUUGAAACCUGGAGGGCUUAUGUUUCCAGACCGGGCAGCUUUGUACGUGGUAGCAAUCGAAGACAGACAGUACAAGGACUUCAAAAUCCACUGGUGGGAGAAUGUCUAUGGCUUUGACAUGACCUGCAUCCGGGAUGUUGCCAUGAAGGAGCCCCUGGUGGACAUCGUGGACCCAAAGCAAGUGGUGACCAAUGCCUGUUUAAUAAAGGAAGUGGACAUUUACACUGUGAAGACGGAAGAGCUGUCCUUCACGUCUGCCUUCUGCCUGCAGAUCCAGCGCAACGACUAUGUCCAUGCCCUCGUCACCUAUUUUAAUAUUGAAUUUACCAAGUGCCACAAGAAAAUGGGUUUUUCUACAGCCCCUGAUGCCCCCUACACCCACUGGAAGCAGACUGUCUUCUACUUAGAAGACUACCUCACUGUCCGGAGAGGGGAGGAAAUCUACGGGACCAUAUCCAUGAAGCCAAAUGCCAAAAAUGUGCGAGACCUCGAUUUCACAGUAGACUUGGAUUUUAAGGGACAGCUGUGUGAAACAUCUGUAUCUAAUGACUACAAAAUGCGUUAGCAUACGUGGGAAGCUGCGGAGAGCGAGCAAGAAGAGGCACUCACUUCAGUCUGCCACGCUGCCCCAAGGAAUACUGUUAGGAGGACCACACCAACCAGAGCUUUCCACUCUGCCUUGAAGAUUGGCGAACUUGCCCAGGGCUCUCCUGGGCCCCCGCCAUCACAGGGAGCCUCCAGGUCCUCUGCUCUGCCCCUGGAGCCCUUCACAAAGGCUUUGUUGUUGCCUUCCGUGCUAUGGCUGGGGCUCUGAGGAUGGAAGCAUACCCAUGUGCCCCCAUUGUUCUCCUAAACUGACUCUCUGGAUCUUUCAAGUUUUGCAUGCUGCAGACAUCUAGGACAGGUUACUUCCGCUAGAACCUGGAGACAUAGUGUCUUUGAUAGCAUAAGCCAGAUUUUCUGUCUGUGUGGUGGUUUGUGUGAGAGUGUAUGUGUGUGCGUGUGCCAGUGUGUGUGUGUACAGCAUAUAUAUUAAUUUACUUGCCCACCAACAUCUGUAUAUGCAUGCAUAUACAACUAAGUGGGCAUAGUUGGGUGUUCAUUCUGAGGGUGUGUGUGUGUGUGUGUGUGUGUGUGUGUGUGUGUGGUGAGUAUGUGUGCCUAGAAUCUAUAUUACUCUCAGAGGAGGUUCUGUUGCUUUUGAAUAGGAAUUUGUUUCGUGAUUAGUUUUCCCCAUCCUGAUCCCGUAACAGAUGUUACACAGCUAUGAAACAUUCUGUGGACUAGCUCUGGUCUCGUUCUGACUAGACUGUGGCUCUGAAUCCUGAGCACAGUACCACGGGCUCUGUCGGCGCUCAAUAAACACACAUGAGAAAGAA